AUGGAGCAACCGGCCAAGAAACGCCGACUUCUUCCUGCGGUCAAAGAGACUGCCCAGCCCGCCCCAUUCCCCAAUGAAUCGCCUCAGCAACACCAGGUCCAGGAGGCCCCUCCAGCCGAGCGCCAUGAUUUCGAGUCCUUUGCGAGGCAUCUGCAGGAUGCCGCCAUGUUGAUACAGCGCCAGACCGAGCGCCCGCCAUACGACAGCGUCUCGGUUCUUCUUUUGCGAUGGGAGGAGGAUACCUCGGCCGAAGCCGAUCUUACAGCCUUGGAAAAUAUCUUGAGGGACCGCUACAAUUACCGAACUGAUCGAUGGAAUAUUCCGACCGUCGCCAACCCAAGCAUUAAGCUUGGUGUCCAGAUGGCCUCUUUCUUGGAGCAUGCCAGGAAUAACCACCUGCUGAUCAUCUACUACGCUGGCCAUGGUUACGUCGGUGCCGAUAAUCAACUCUACUGGGCUUGCAACAACCGCGAAGAUGCCGCAAAGCUGAAGUGGGACGGAGUCCGCUGCUUGUUUGAGGACGCUCAAUCUGACAUUCUCCUUCUGCUCGAUACAUGUACCGUUCGCGACAUUCCCAUGUCUGGCAGCCACGGUAUCAAGCAGGCCAUUGCCGCCUGCGGUUCAGAACAAACUGCCCGAGAGACUGCUGGAAAAUCCUUCACUUACCACCUCAUCGAGGCCCUGCACAAGCUUAGCACCGUGGGGAGGCCGUUCAGCAUCCCGCGAUUACAUGAAGAAAUCGUCCUGCUAAGGCAACAGGAGAGUGCUCAAUCUGCGAAGCUUACCAAUGGCGCCAGCAAGAGUCCGCCUCCCCCACCGCACCUCCCCAUCGCCUUCACCCUCACUCCCGGCAAGGGGCAGAGCAUAAGUCUGGCCCCCUUACCUCCGCGGACAGUUCAACAGUCACCGCGCAAUGGCGACGCCGAAGCUCAGUUGAGGACCAAGGAAGAUCAGCUCAUUGACCCUGAAUCCGUCGCCGACCUUCGUUUCGAGGAGGCAAGAGUCCUCGUAUGUACGACAUUCGUCGGUGAUGCCAGCCCCGAUAUGUCCUUCUUUAAUGGCUGGCUUCACAACACCCCUCCCCUGGCCGCCAAGAUCGAAGUGGAGGGAAUGUUUCUGGGUCCGCCCACAAUGCUUCUGAUAUCGAUGCCUCAUUCUAUAUGGAACGUCGUACAGCAUGAUAAGGUCUGCUGUUUCCUCGGAUACAUCACUUCACACAACAUGAUCCAUUUGUACCAAAAAUUGAAGGGCUCAUCGGGUAUCAAAGCGACGGCAAAGGAGGUUGAAGAUGGUCGUAUUCUACUGGAAGCGAGGGAAAUGGCAACAAGCACUCCCUCUUUGCAUCGACGCUCAUUAGACAGCAAAGACGCCGCCUACCACGAUACUCUCAACCGUAUAGAUGCCACGCCCUCCGGCAUAGCAUACGCCACUGCAGCGGCGGCUGCAGCCGUCGACGGCAAAAACGACGUCGAGGAUUCGGCAGAGAUGCAAGAAGCGGCAGAGCAGCUCAAGGCUUUGAGCCACGUUCGGCAUCUCAGCGAUGAAGCACCGCCCGCUCCGGAACGUCAACGACUCCCCGAUGGGGCGAUGCCUUCCAAUCACGAGGAUACGAGUUCUCACGAAUCCGGCGCCGACGACACGAUGCAUUCUAUCGAUGUGACACCAAAUUCAAAGCCCAAACAGCGGAGAUCUCUCCAGAAAGCCACCCCGAAACAAGAGACCAGAUGCACUUUAUGCAGCCACGCCCCAUUCAAGGACUCAUCGUCGUUACGCAAACAUAUCGCCGCGGCACAUACUAGACCGUUCCCUUGCGCCUUCUCCUUUGCCGGCUGUACCAGUACGUUUGGGUCGAAGAACGAGUGGAAAAGACAUAUUGCCUCCCAGCACCUGUGUUUGCAAUAUUACCGAUGUUCUUCUUGUCCGCAAAGCACAAUUGAGGGCAAGGGGAACGAGUUCAACCGCAAAGACCUCUUCACUCAGCACCUCCGCCGCAUGCACGCACCAUUUGCCAUCAAGAAGGCUAUUGCUAAGGGCGACAGCAAAUUACAAGUCGAGUGGGAGGGCCACGUCAAAGAAAUGCAAACAACUUGUCUGGUCACUCGCCGGUCGCCCCCUCAAAAGUCAGCAUGCCCGAAACCAGAUUGUCAGAGUGUUUUCGAGGGACCUGGCUCAUGGGAUGAGUGGACGGAACACGUCGGCAGGCACAUGGAGAAAGGUGAAGGACAGCGGCUUGGUGUAGAUCGGCUGCUGGCUAAGUGGGCCUUCGACGAGGGUAUCAUUGAACGCAAAGACGAUGGUGAGUAUCGCCUGUGUGCCGGCAAUGGGGCAACUGGCGGCGGCACAGGGAAUGGAGGAGACUCGAAAGACUCGAUCUCGGUGGCUUUCCCAGAGCCAAAACAAGAUGCCGAGGAGGCAGCUGGCGAAACUGGGGACGCCGCCGACGACAAGAUGGAGGUGGACAGUUAG